AUGGACUCGGUGGCCAUUGAGGAUGUGGUUGUGACCUUCACCGUAGAAGAGUGGGCCUUACUGGAUUCUUCGCAAAAGAAACUUUACAGAAAUGUAAUGCGACAAACUUUCAAGAACCUGGCCUCAAUAGGGAAAAAGUGGGAUGAUCGUGAUAUUGAAGAACUGUAUAAAAACCAGGGGAGAAAACUAAGCAGUCAUACGGUAGAGAGAGUCUGUACACGGAAGGAUGGUAUUCGAUGCAGAGAAAACUUCAGGCAGAUUCCAAAUCAUAAUGAAGAGAGGGAAACUCCUACUGAAAUAAAACAACCUAAAGUCACCUUGUGUAGGCAAAUAUUCAUGCUUUACUUAUCCUUGAAUAAUCACCUGCGCUCUCACAUUGGACCCAGACUAUGUCAAGAAUAUGAAGAAAACCCUUAUGAAUGUAAGGAAGCUGAGAAAGCUUUCAGGCAUCACCACAAUGUUCGAAGCAAUGAAGGCAGCCCCUGUGGGAAAGCUUUCUACUAUUCAACCUCCCUUAGAAAUCAUGAAAGAACUCAUACUGGGGAAAGACGCUAUGAAUGUAAAGUUUGUUGUAAAGUUUUCUCUUAUUCAGCUUCCCUCCAAAAUCAUAAAAGAACUCAUACCGGGGAAAAACCGUAUGAUUGUAAACAAUGUGGAAAAGCCUUCUUUACUCUACGUGCCUUCCGAUAUCAUGAAAGAACUCAUACUGGGCUAAAACCCUAUGAAUGUAAGCAAUGUGGGAAAGCUUUCAUGGUUCUAAGUACCCUCCAACGUCACGAAAGAAUUCAUACUGGGGAAAAACCCUAUAAAUGUAACUAUUGUGGCAAAACGUUCACUAAUGUAUCUUCUGUCCAUUGUCAUGAAAGAAUUCAUACUGGGGAAAAACCCUAUGAAUGUAAACAAUGUGGGAAAGCUUUCCUUGCCCUAGGUGCCCUCCGAUAUCAUGAAAGAAUUCAUACUGGGGAAAAACCUUAUAAAUGUAACCAUUGUAGUAAAGCUUUCUCUUAUGCAUCUUCCCUCCGAUGUCAUGAAAGAACUCAUACUGGGACAAAACCCUAUGAAUGUAAGCAAUGUGGGAGAGCUUUCUUUGCUCUCGGUGCCCUCCAACGUCACGAAAGAAUUCAUACUGGGGAAAAACCCUAUGAAUGUAAGCAUUGUGGCAAAACUUUUGCUAAUGUAUCUUCUGUCCAUUGUCAUGAAAGAAUUCAUACUGGGGAAAAACCCUAUGAAUGUAAGCAAUGUGGGAAAGCUUUUGUUGCUCUAAGUAACCUCCGACAUCAUGAAAGAAUUCAUACUGGGGAAAAACCCUAUAAAUGUAAGUAUUGUGGCAAAUGUUUCGCUAAUGUAACUUCCCUUAAAUGUCAUGAAAGAAUUCAUACUGGGGAAGAACCCUAUAAAUGUAAGUAUUGUGGUAAAGCUUUCUCUUCUCUAACUUACCUCCAAUGUCAUGAAAGAAUUCAUACUGGGAAAAAACCCUAUGAAUGUCAGCAAUGUGGAGAGGCUUUUUGUCUUUCCCAAUCUCUUAGAAGUCAUAAAAAUAUGCAUGCUGGGGGGAAAUCCUAUGAAUGUAAGCAAUGUGGGAAAGCUUUUGUUGCUCUAGACACCCUCCAACAUCAUGAAAGGACUCAUGCUGGGGGAAAACCCUAUGAAUGUCAGCGGUGUGCGAAAGACUUCAGUUGUGCCUCACAUCUUCGGAGACAUAAAAGAACUCACAAUGAAAAGAAGACUCAUGAAUAA